AUGGAUCAUGGCCAUGGAGAAACGAGCCGUUCCGUUAGGUGGCUGGCUGACUCAAUUGGUGGCCCCCACCAAUACGUGUUUCACUCAAUGAUACGCUCCCACCUCAGCUGCCACUCGUGGAAGGUUAAUUCAUCCAUUUUGGAGGCGACUUCAAACAUUGUUUUGACUAUUGAGGCAUUGUGGAGAGAUACAACUGGUCAUCCACUAGUGAACCCAUUUGGACCAAAAAGCCGAGUUCUUGAACCAUUGGAUCUUGAUCCAAUCUUGGUAGUGGUGGGAGGGAGUGAUCUGCUCAAAGAUCGAGCCAAGGACUAUGCAGAGAGACUCAAAAAUUGGGGAAAAGAUGCAAACCAUGUUGCGUUUGAAGAACAACAACAUGGGUUCUUUACCAUAAAUCCUAACUCAGAAGCAUCAAUUAAAUUGACGCUGAUCAUCAAAAGUUUUGUCGUUGAAAAAUCUACCUGA